UUGGGGUGUAGAGGGGGUUUAGGGUUCUUCGUCUGGGCGGGAGCGUCCAAUGGAGGAUCUCGAUCCCGACACAUUUAGGAUCCUGAUCGCGACGGAUUGUCAUCUGGGGUAUUUGGAGAAGGAUGAGAUUCGGCGCCAGGAUUCUUUCAGGACAUUCGAUGAAAUAUGCCGGAUUGCUUUCGAGCGCCAGGUCGAUUUUAUGCUCCUGGGAGGGGAUUUGUUCCAUGAAAAUCGUCCGUCGUCUACCACGCUGGUGAAGACGAUCGAUAUUCUUCGUCGCUAUUGCCUCAACGAUCUGCCGGUCCAAUUCCAAGUCGUGAGCGAUCAGACCAUCAACUUCCCAAACAAGUUUGGCCAUGUUAACUACGAAGAUGCGCACUACAAUGUUGGCCUUCCGGUGUUCACCAUCCAUGGGAAUCACGACGAUCCUGCUGGAGUGGACAACAUAUCAGCGAUUGACAUCCUGGCUUCUUCAAAUCUAGUGAACUACUUUGGGAAGGUCGACCUUGGUGGCUCUGGUGUUGGAAAAAUAGCACUACAUCCCAUUCUUCUUCGAAAGGGCUUAACAAAGAUAGCUUUGUAUGGUCUGGGUAAUAUCCGUGAUGAACGUUUGAAUCGGAUUUUUCAGACCCCAGAAGGUGUUCAAUGGAAGCGACCGGCAGAUCAUGCGGACUGUCCAUCAUCUGAGUGGUUCAAUAUGUUUGUGUUGCAUCAAAACAGAGUAAAGACAAAUCCGAAGAACGCCAUCAAUGAGCAUUUCCUUGCUCGUUUUCUGGAUUUUGUUGUCUGGGGUCACGAGCACGAGUGCAUAGUGGACCCACAGGAAGUUCCCGGGAUGGGAUUCCACGUCACGCAGCCAGGUUCUUCUGUUGCAACCGCAUUGACGGAUGGUGAAGCUCAGCCUAAGCAUGUCCUCCAAUUGGAAAUCAAGGGGAAUAAAUAUCGACCAACGAAGGUUCCACUCAAAACCGUCAGGCCUUUUGAAUUUACUGAUGUGGUCUUGAAGGAUAUAGAAGGCAUUGAUCCAAGCGACCAAACUUCUGUUCUUUCUCAUCUGGGUGAAGUGGUGCAAGAUCUUAUUACUACUGCUGUUGCCAAGUCUCAGUCUCAAGAGAGCAUGCUCCCUCUCAUCCGUGUCAGGGUGGAUUACACAGAUUGCACUACUAUAAAUCCUCAAAAAUUUGGACAAAAGUUUGUCGGCAAGGUUGCUAAUCCGCAUGACAUUCUGAUUUUUACCAAGUCUUCAAAGAAAAAACAGCGACUUGACGCUUCUGGAAGCGAAAAAGAACUUCUUGCACCUGAGGAGCUAAACCAGCAAAAUAUUGAGGCUCUGGUAGCCGAGAGUAAUUUGAAAAUGGAGAUUCUACCGGUGUCAGUCCUUGGUUUGGCAUUGCACGACUUUGUGAACAAAGAUGACAAGCAGGCGUUCCAGUCGUGUGUGGAGCACACGCUUCAAGAAACGCAGAAAAAGCUUCUCGAGGACGAAGAGGUGGAACUAAUGGAUGAAAGCGAGAUUGUGGAGAAGGUCACCGAACACAUGCAGGACCCACGCAAUCAAGCACCUAGUGUGUCACUAGCGGAUGCAGUUCGGCCGUGGUCGCAAGUCACACAAUCUAAAGGCUCGACUUCUGGCCAGAGACGAACUGUUGAUAUCGACGAUGAUGACGAUUUUGGUAUCUCGGGAACUACAGUGGUAACGAAAGCGAGCAAAGCUAAAGCUACAAAAGCCACCGCUACGAGAAAGUCAAGAGCUUCUGCCGCUGCUGUUGGUGAUGAUGACGACGAUGAGGAUGACGCGCCAACCGGCCGCGGACGAGGUCGUGGUCGAGGAAGGGGCCGAGGCAGAGGAAAACAAAACAUGAAACAAACGACGCUAGACACCGCGAUUGGAGCACGUCCCAGACGGUCUAGUAGUCGUGCUGCUGCAACCGCAGCAACAGCAGCAGACAGUGAUGAAGAAGACGUCGCUGCAUCAUCAGCGAAUGACGAGCCCGAAGACCCAGAGAGUGACGCGGUAAGUAGCAAUUUCUUCUCGUUCUUCUCUCCUCACAAGUGUGGUUUGAUAGGAGCCGACUCCGACCAAAGGAAGAAAGCGGGCCGCAUCAACGUCAAGAGGGCGAGGCAGAGGCCAAAGCACUCCAAAGCGAGGAAGAACACAAUCGUCCAAGUCGAGGUCCGUGGACGACGAGGACAACGACGAAGUGGAGAACGAGCACGACAGCGAUGGCGAUGUUCAACUGACAACAUCCACGAGAGGUUCUCAGGCUCGAAAAUGGGGACCAGCAAGAAAGUGACUCUGAAUCUCGCAUUCCCAGCUUGUAUCAAGGCAAGUCCUCAUAAUCUGUCUCCGAUGCACUUGGAGUCCUUUCUGUCUCGUAAUCGUCCUCGUCUAUAUCUUCUUCUUCGCCUUCAUCCUCCUCGUCGUUGUCAGCGUCCGAGAAAGAGAGAUCAUCUUCGUACUCGCUCUCGUCGUCCUCAUCAUCCGUGUCCUGCGCGUCCACAACGAUGCUGACCUUGUUAUACCGCGACUGGAGCUUGAGCAAGCUCGUGCAAAACGUUCCGCUGGGGCGCUCCAGCAAGCUGAGCCGCAACGUCGACAAGCGACUAAAGUAACGUCCUCGAGCGGUGGCCGCGAAUGCAUCAACGGUUCGGACAAGCUACCGACUUGCAAGGCCUGGCAAAUCACAUCAGAGAGCUGUAACUUCCGAGCAAGACUAAAGCAUCGACAGACCUCAAACAUA